CCCUGCGCCGCCACCCGCAGCCUCGCCCGGCCGUGCGCGCCUCUGGGUGCCCCCCUGAACCCCCCCAGCCGCUGCCCCCCCCCGGCACGGAGACAUGGCCCCCAUCGGACUCAAGGCUGUGGUGGGAGAGAAGAUCAUGCACGAUGUGAUCCGGAAAGUGAAGAAGAAGGGGGAAUGGAAGGUGCUGGUGGUGGACCAGCUGAGCAUGCGCAUGCUCUCGUCCUGCUGCAAGAUGACCGACAUCAUGACAGAGGGCAUAACCAUUGUGGAAGACAUCAACAAGCGCCGGGAGCCUCUGCCCAGCCUGGAGGCCGUGUAUCUCAUCACCCCCUCCGAGAAGUCCAUCCACUCCCUCAUCAACGACUUCAAGGAUCCCCCCACCUCCAAGUACAGAGCUGCCCACGUCUUCUUCACUGACUCCUGUCCUGACGCCCUCUUCAACGAGCUGGUGAAAUCCCGAGCUGCCAAGGUCAUCAAGACCCUGACAGAGAUCAACAUUGCCUUCCUCCCUUCCGAGUCCCAGGUUUAUUCUCUGGAUUCAGCCGACUCCUUCCAAAGCUUUUACAGCCCACACAAGGCCCAGAUGAAGAACCCGAUCCUGGAGCGCCUGGCAGAGCAGAUUGCCACGCUCUGUGCCACCCUGAAGGAGUACCCGGCCGUGCGGUACCGCGGGGAUUACAAGGACAAUGCCAUGCUGGCACAGCUCAUCCAGGACAAGCUGGACGCCUACAAGGCUGAUGACCCCACCAUGGGCGAGGGUCCGGACAAGGCUCGCUCCCAGCUCCUCAUCCUGGACCGUGGCUUUGACCCUGCAUCCCCAGUGCUGCACGAGCUCACCUUCCAGGCCAUGAGCUACGACCUGCUGCCCAUCGAGAACGAUGUCUACAAGUACGAGACCAGUGGCAUUGGUGAGGCCCGGAUCAAGGAGGUUCUCCUGGAUGAGGAUGAUGACCUGUGGGUCACCCUGCGCCACAAGCACAUCGCCGAGGUGUCCCAGGAGGUGACCCGGUCCCUGAAGGAGUUUUCUUCCAGCAAGAGGAUGAACACGGGUGACAAGACCACCAUGAGGGACCUGUCCCAGAUGCUGAAGAAGAUGCCACAGUACCAGAAGGAGCUCAGCAAGUACUCGACCCACCUGCACCUGGCUGAGGACUGCAUGAAGCAUUACCAGGGCACUGUGGACAAGCUCUGCCGAGUUGAACAGGACCUGGCCAUGGGCACUGAUGCUGAAGGAGAGAAGAUCAAGGACCCCAUGAGGGCCAUUGUCCCCAUCCUGCUGGAUGGCAAUGUCAGCACCUAUGACAAGAUCCGCAUCAUCUUGCUCUACAUCUUCCUGAAGAACGGAAUCACCGAGGAGAACCUGAACAAGCUGAUCCAGCACGCCCAGAUCCCGGCAGAGGACAGCGAGAUCAUCACCAACAUGGCCCACCUCGGGGUGCCCAUCAUCACAGACUCCACGCUGCGCCGCCGGAGCAAGCCUGAACGCAAGGAGCGCAUCAGCGAGCAGACCUACCAGCUGUCCCGGUGGACACCGGUGAUCAAGGACAUCAUGGAGGAUGCCAUCGAUGACAAGCUGGACACCAAGCACUACCCGUACAUCUCCACCCGCUCCUCUGCCUCCUUCAGCACCACUGCAGUCAGUGCCCGCUACGGCCACUGGCACAAGAACAAGGCCCCGGGCGAGUACCGGAGCGGGCCCCGCCUCAUCAUCUUCAUCCUGGGCGGGGUGAGCAUGAACGAGAUGCGCUGCGCCUACGAGGUGACACAAGCCAGCGGCAAGUGGGAGGUGCUAAUAGGGUCCACGCACAUCCUCACCCCACAGAAACUGCUGGACACGCUGAAGAAACUCAAUAAAACAGAGGAAGAGAGCAGCAGUUAAAAGGAAACGCUGUCACCACUCGAUGCCGACCCACGUCCCCGCCGGGCGCCCGGCCCCGGGUGCCACCCUGCACCCAGUGGGCUCAGCUUCUCUCUUGUUCUUGUGUUGACCCCCCCCUCUCCCCUCCCAGCGCCUCCCCCAUCUCAUUUUAUCCACAGGGAGGGGAUAACAGCCAAAAAAAAAAAUAAUAUAUAUAUAUAUAUAUAUAUUAAGAAAAUGGAUGCAUUGUGUUUAAGAGAAAAAGGAAAAAAAAAUCUAUAUAUUUGUAGCUGCAGCUGUGGGAAGCGCCCAGGAGCUCAUUGCUGAGUAACCAUCUGCCCAUUGCUAGUGAAUCUGGUGGGGAAAAUGGCAGAAAACCACAUUUUUUUGGGGAAUGCUCCUCACUGGGGUGUUGUGUGGAUGGGAGGACAGAUGGACGGACACCCCACACCGCUCCAGCCUGCUCAGGGGGGCACCACCAUCUGUCCCAUGGCUUUUGGGGUGGUGGGUGCCCCUGCCAGAUGUGCACGCCAGCAUCUGGAUGGGAAUUUGGGAUGGGGGUGGUGUGGGGGUGCAGCCAGUGGUAAUUCCCAUGUGAAAAGGGACCAAACCGGUCAGAACUGGGAGCUGGGGCCCGCCCGCUUGCACGGCCUUGCUGCAGCCCCGCCUCUCUCUGGGAAUUCCUUCCAAAAAAAAAAAAAUACAUAUAUAUAUAAAAUAAAAAGCUAUUUUAUAUAUAUAUCUAUCAAUCUGUGCUCUCUCCAUGGAUACCUCUCUCCAUCCAUCCCCACGGAAGCUCGGUGCCCGUGCCCAGCUCCGCUCGUGUCGUCCCGUGGUGAAGCGUUUCUGAGCGUGCCGUCACCCUGAACCCCCCAAAAAACCCUCUGGGCCCUCCCCAAAACCCUCUGGGCCCUCCCCAAAAACCCUCUGGGCCCUCCCCAAAAACCCUCUGGGGCCCCCCAAACCCUCCAGGCCCCCCAAACCCUCUGGACUCUGUGUAUAUUAAUGACUGUGUCUUGUGACGUUCUUACGAGCUUGGUGUAUAGUGAUUUCCCCAAACCUCUGAUUUUAGUUGGGUUUUUAUUUGACACCCCUGGAUUGCCCCCUUUCCCUUGCCAUUAGAUGCACUGCAAUAUUUUGGGGUCUAUGGUUUUGUUCUCUUCCCCUUGAAGGCUGUGAGCCCCCUUUUCCUUCCCUGAAAUUGCUCUUUCUUGCCUCGUUGGUGGUUAGCCCCCCCCUCUUUCCCUUCCCUUCCCGUCUGCUCCUUGCCCAUAAAGUUAAAUAUAUAUUUUUAGGGCAAAGGCUGUAUCAUUGCACUGAUAUUUGUUGGUUCCCCCUCGGUCUCCCAGCCCGUUUCUGUUCCUUCUUGGUUUAGCAAUGCAAAUGCUUCAGGAUCUUGUAUGUUGGACAUUAUUAUUAUUAUUAUUAUUUUUUCUGUUACAGUUAUUUAUAUAAAAAAUAAUUUAUCAAAAAGGAAAACUUUAAAAAAAAAUAAUCUAGUCUGUCUUGGAACUUGUUUACCUUGAAAUUACUGGAAUCUAAAUGUUUGAAAGUGUUGAAGCACAAACAUGUAUCAUCUCUGUAUAUCUGUUCUUCUGUACUAAAGCACUCGAGUGACUAAAUAAAAGCGAUCUCCAUCCCUAGUGCAA